GUUUUGUCACUCGUUUCAGAUGGCUACUGCCAAGAAGCUGACAGAAAACCACCUGACCUGUGACAUCUGUACAAAGGUGUUCACAGACCCUGCCACACUUCAGUGCAAUCACACAUUCUGCAAGUCCUGUCUGCUGAAAUACACCAAAACACAGUCUGAAGCAAUACAAGCCAAGUCCAUCCCAUGUCCCUUCUGUAGACAACAGACACAGGCGACCAACCCUGGCAGUCCAGUGAAGGAGUGGGUCAGUCAGCUGAAACCAAGCCACGUCAUACAGAGUCUGAUGGACGAUUUUGGACCAGGGACAGAAGAUCCUGAGACUAGUGAAUGCAGUGUCUGCAGGAACCAACAAAAGCAGACUCCAGCAACAUCAUGGUGCUUCUCUUGUAACUCGUCCUUUUGUGAUGGUUGCUUGACUUUGCAUGGAGCGAUGCCGUUUUCUCUUGAUCAUGAAGUAGUGGUUUUUUCGGAAUCCACCAAAUCCAAAACGACACCAAAGCGUCUAUUCAAGUGCAAACAUCACGCCAGCAAACAGAUCGAGCUCUUCUGCAAAGACUGCAAGGUGGCCAUAUGUACGAUAUGUUGCAGUAUAAAUCACAGGAAGUGUGAUGACGUUGAUACCAUUGAGAAUAUGAAUCCUCAAGUCAAAGAACAGCUGAUAAAACGGAACCAGGAACUAAACAUCAGAAUCGGAAACAUUAAACAUGGCAUUUCUGUCAGGAAAAAGCAGGGUGACGACUUCAGAUGCAAGAUAGAGGAAGCUAAAAGUCAAAUCAGAAAUACACGAGCUAAAUUGGUAAAAAUGAUUAUGGAAAAAGAAAAACAACUUUUACGUGAUAUUGAUCAAACCUCCACUCAAUACUUACACCAAAUACAAACAGAUAUAGAAUCCAAGGAGAUCGAACUUCAGAUGUACCAGCAGCAGUAUGAGUUCACUGUCAAUGCUGUGACGUCCAGCUGUGAGAUGAACAUGUAUGCCGUUUUUGAGUCUGUUUGUGAGACAUCUUUAGACAGUAAAGUCACAGGUAUCAGACCAGCACCAAGAAGGGUCGUAUUUACACACAACAUGGAAAAACUAAGAAAAUCAGUUGAGGAAAUUCAUCUUGGCGAUGUUAAAAUCACUGACUGUCAAGUAGCUGGUAGUGUUCCAGACAGUAAGGAAAUAGUUACUGUGACGGUUUACCCACAUCCUGUAAUACUGUCAACUAUCAAAACAAGCAACCCUUACUACAGUCUAGCCUAUCUGAGUCCUUCACGGCUGGUGGCAGGUGGAAUAGGUAGGACUGAUAUACUGGACUUGGAAGGGAAUGUGCUGAAAUCUAUCAACACAGGGAAGGUAUCUAGCGCCGACUAUAUCCAUGUCACCGGAAAUCGGAACCUGAUAGUCAGUGGAUGGGAAGUUAAAUCACUUGUGUCUGUGACCAGUGAAGGAAAAGCUGUUUUCACCUACACUCCCACAGGAGACAGAGCUCUGAAAUAUCCUCACGGCAUCACAACAACCAGCACUGAAGACAUCAUGUUUGCAGACAAAGGCUCCCACAAGGUGAUGCAGCUGACAGAGUCAGGGAAGUUUGUCAAAGACGUUCUCACAGCAUGGGAUGGUAUUGAUUCUCCCCGUGGAAUAUGUUUGGACACAGACGCUUUCUUGUACGUAACUUGUAGGAACCUUUUGAAAGUAUUCAGAUUUGAAAAACAUUGAUUUCGUACACUGAAAGUGCUUUAAUCUUUGCUGGUCGUUUGGGGAUAGAGCCCAACAGAGAAAGUAUGUUAAACGAUUUCUGUACUGUUACACAAUCAGUCACUAUGUGACCAAAAUGAAUGUUUACAUUCGCUUGAUAUAGAUACACAUCCACAUUUGACUGAAAAUAUUUCAAUAUUUGAUAAGUCGUUUCGGAAUUGUCAUACACGGAAUGUUGCUGCAUGUCAGAAAUUGAACCAAACGGACACUACUCACGUUUGGUGACAUUUGACAAAGAACUCUUCAUGGUAACGAAACUAUGGGAUGUCGGUUCAAUUAUGUAGUGGCGGACUUUAGGUGGUUAAUGAAAUACAGUCAAAUACCGCUGUCAGAACCUUGAUCCCUAUCUGUCCCUAAAGUAAUGAUUUGCGGUUGUGAGGAUCAUCGGAUAACUCGAAGGAUUUAGGUAGGUUAUUUCAACUUCGACACAAGGGUGUUCAAGUGUAGUUUGAUGUUGUCUUUUUUUGCAUGCACUUAAAUAUUUUCUCCUCUGAUACAGUCUAAACUUAAACCGAUGAAAUGUCAAACAUAUGUUUCAUAAACUUAUUACAAACAACCACUGAACGUAGGCCUUAAACCCUUUAGUUAAGAUUCAAGGUUUCUUUCUUUUUCUCAAAUCCUGAGGACAGUUUCUUACUAUUUUUUAAAUACAUGAUAUUUGUAUCAAAUAUGCGUAGUGGCAUCUAACCUUUGUUUAACGAUCUUGAUUAUAUCAAGAAGGUAUAUCACUCAUGUAUAUCACAACUACUUGUUAAGCGUUACUUGUAUGAGCGUUGAUUUACGCAUGAAACGCAUUGCUACAUGUUAGCAAAUAUGUACACCGAUACAAAGCUACUCACACAGCCAGAUGUAGACGUCAGUUUUAUAGCGUGGUAAAAUGUUUUCAUUAUUGUACACGAGGGUAUUUCUGAAAUGGUGACUUGGUGAUUUCACGGAAGAUUUACGAAUGGUUAUACACCCUAACCUGUCUUCCUUUUAUAACUGGUGCUGCGUCCACGCCCAUCCUCCAUCUAACACAUUCAUCUGAGGUGUUAAAUGAUUGUAUUGUAUAUUAUGGUUAUAGAAAGCACGAGAGUACACAUACAAGGGAGGUAAUUCUUCCGUGAAUCUAUUAUUGUAUAUGUCUAUCCAAAUGAAUAUUAAUAGUGUUGUCGGUUCUUUUACGUUGACUAAACGAUUCCUUUUGGC